GUCAAGAGUCGUGCCGUCGGCCGUCGCUAUCGUCGAUAUCUUGACAUUUUCUUUUAUUUACCUGAUUUUUUUAAUUACAUGGUUUCGGUUUCAUUUGCAAAUUGUACUAUUGUAGUGUUAAAACGAGAAACGAUCCCAAUUUUUCAUGUAGUAAAAUCCACAAAUCGAAGAAGAAUCGUUUUGUGAACGACGUCGGGAACAAUUAUUUAUUUAUUAUUAUUAUUACUAUUUUUUUAAUUGUUUUUUGAUUGACCAAAAUGAUUAUUGCUGGAUACCUGUUGUUGUGAAACAACAAUGUUUUAAUCGUCUGCAGUUCGUGACCACAGAAAAAACCAAAGCAAUUAUGGAGGAUCAAACGUUAUUGCAAGAUCUUAUGGAACUAGCCACGCACAUGCGACAGGAACGACUUUUCACUCAAUAUGAAUUGAACAAUUUGCAAACAUUGAAUGAACAGGUGACCAGUGUAUCAAAUAGAUUGGCCCAAGAAGCAUGGAUAACAACUCAACAACGAAUUAAUCUCAACAAAUUAGUUUUGUCUAAUCCUGAUUGUACUCCUGCUGAUUGUUGUGAAAUUGCUCAACACUUGGAUGAUGCACACUUUGUUGAAGUUCAUGAAUCAAUUGGCUAUGAUAAUGCACAAGGGUUUGGUGUUCUUGUGCAAAAAUUGCGUACAAAUCCAAAACUACUAGCAAGCUGUUUAGCUGCUGGAGAUCGAUUAUUUACUAACAAAAUGCCAGAGGUUGUUAAUUGCACUUUAUCUGGAGUGUUUGGAUCUUGUUUGAUGGCUGAAGAUAAUGUUUUAAUAUUAAAAUUACUUAGACAUUUGGCUGUGCUACAAUUAAUACCUGCAGAUAACCCUCGCAGGGUAUUAAGUCACGGAUCAUGUGCUUUUUCAAGAUUGUAUUCAGCAUUCCACGGGAGUUUAUUUUCUGCAAAGUUAUUUUUGACUGCUGCCUUCCAUGAUCCCAUUAUGGAGUUGUUAAAAGAUGAAGAAAAGUACCUCGACAUUGAUCCAGAUAAAGCUCAACUGAGAUUUUCUCAUCUUAGAAUAUGCAACCGUGAAAGUUCAGAUUAUAAUUUAAAACUACAAAACUAUAGAAAAUCUAUUGUAGAGCAGUUGGUAGCAAUUGCUUCAAAAUUUAUUAACAGCCUCAAUGAAAAUCUUUACUGCUUUCCGAGUUCAGUAUGUUGGCUUGUGAGACAAAUUCAUACAUUAUUAACUGCUGGAAGUACUUUGACUGAAAAACAGAUCUAUGGCAUUUGUGUAAAUCUAGUUUUUACAUAUUUUAUUUGUCCAGCAAUCAUAAAUCCCGAACCACAUGGAAUUACUGAUGCCGAUAUUACUCAAAUUGCUCGUUAUAAUCUUAUUCAAGUGGCCAAUAUUAUUCAAAUGUUGGCUAUGUACAAAUAUGAACCAAUUGAUAAUAAAGUUCAAGAUUUGUAUCAGCACUUUAAUAAGGAUUGCAUUUCUAGCUUAAUGGAAGCCCUAUUAAAAACAUCAUCACGGAAUUCUUUAAACGAUGACAAUUUAACUGUUAAUUCUAAUGUUAAGUUGGAAAACUUAAUUCGAUCCGUUGCAUUAUUUACUGAGGAGGAACUCCAAACUUUUGUAAAUUUCCUAAAUGUGGUUUCCAAUGAUGGAACAUUGAGUGAGUUGGAUAAAAAAGAAUUGGCUGAUUUAUUGAUGAAUAUGCCAAUAAUGUGGCCUGAUAAUAACUCAAAUGAUAAAUUUCAAUUACCUUUAGAACAAAAAAAGUUAGGGAUUCUUAGUAAGACUGCUGCUUCAUCUCUUGGAAAAGUAUUACCAAAUACAAAUAUUUUAAAUUUUUCUAACUCUGAAGGUUUUAAUGAUGAUGAUGACAAAUUUAAAAAAGAUUUUGAUCAAAAAGUCCUAAUUGUACCAUUUGAGAAUACAUUUAACUCUGGAAUCGGUUUAUUACCUGAGCAUAAGGUUUUGGAAAUUGAAAAAUCAAACCUCUUAGAAGAUGGCGAGCAAAACAAUAAACUAUAUGAAAUUGUGAAGAAAAAAGAAAAACCUCUGCAUUCUGUAUCUCAUGAAGGAUCUAUUGUGGACACUGGAAAUACUAGUGAUUAUUUAGAAGUUGUCUCAGAGGCUGCAUCAAACCAUAGUGUUCCGUCAUCUGUGGAACUUGACCAGGAUCAAAAUGAUAAUUUAUCAGACAUGAUUUCUGCAAAUGUAUCAGGACGAGGAACACCAAAUAUAUCAGGGCGUGAUACACCAUCAUCACAAGUUACAGAAAAUGAAGAUAUAGUUAAUGGUCCUCCAACACCAUCUGCUCGUAUAAAUCCAUCAGCAAAACAAUGUAAAUUCGAUCUAGAUGAUAAAUUUGGCAAAUUUGAAAUAAAAUCUAAGAUGCAAGGGAUGGGACGUGAUGAAACCACGUCAUCCAUGGUAUCGGACACAUGGAGUAUGGAUGUUUUAGCAAGUGAUAAUGAAAUACUCGAUCAGUCUGAUAGAUCUCAAAUUAGUGUACAACUUCCUCCACCACCACAAUUACAAACUAUUUCUAAUAAUCAACAAAUAUUAGACAUUAAUGAAACUGCGUCUGAAGCCUGGAGUACAGAUGUUUUUGCUUCUGACACUGAUAGAUUGGCUGAAGUUGAUACAGAUGAUACAGCUAGUGUUGCAAGAUCUGACGAUAUGUUAAGAUAUGAAUUAGAAAGUAGAGGUGAUAUGGAUGGAACUGACGAUUCUUCAAAUUAUCAUUACUCGCCAAAUGUAUUUAGACCUAUAGUAGAAGUACAACAAGAGAGUAAUUUACGGUCAGAAAAUGCAUUGUCGUUUAACAAUAGAGUACAAAGACGAAAAGUAUCUGAUAGUAGUGCUGAAUCUAAUACUAAUAAAUUUGUUGGUUCCCCUGAUGAUGUCCCAUCAACUAGAACUGAAACAGGAUUAAAUGUAUCUAGAUCUGCAUUUUCUAUGGCGUCCACUUCUAGUGAACAAACUCCUACUGGACCACCCAAACUUUCUCAUAGACCACAACCAUCAUCUAGUCAAGAAGCUUCAGUCGAUGAUGGUGAUACAAAUAUGGGUUUACAUAUGAGUUCUUGUAGUUUAUCAUCUACAACUAGUAGCAGUGGCAGCAGUCUGGGAGCUAAACCCAAACCUAUGUUGAUGAAUGGUUCAGUUGUAACAAUGAAAACUAAUACCAAUGCAGUGGCAAUUAAUACAAAAAUGGGAAAUAAUGGAAAUUUAAUCACUAAAAGUAUAAGUUUUGAUAAAACAGCAGAACGUGGUGAUAGAGAAGGAUAUGAUGAUGAUAGUAAAAAUAAAAGAGGGUUUUUCAAAAACUUUAAAAUUUCUUUUAAAAAUCGUCGAGGAAAAUGGUACAGAAAUGAUGAAUUAGGCUAUGAUCCAUUACAAGGUUGUAGUAAUAGCAGUGGAAAUGAAUUAAUAUUGAAUAAUAAUUUAUCUGAAAAUCUUCUUCUUGAUGAAUCUUCUGAAGACAUAUUGGCCAAGUACCGUAAAAAGCCCAGCAAUAUAUUGAAUACAAAUGAAAAGAUUUCUAGUCAAAAAUCAGGAACUGCAAAAAACGAUGAAGAUUCUGUGUUAGAGCUUAACCAAAACAUUGAUUUUGAAAAAUACUCAUUUGAUGAUGCAAAAAAGAAAUUGCGACUUGUGCUGAGUACUGUGGACAUACAAUAUGUACCCUGGUGUAAUGAAACUGAGUCUAAACCUAUGUUAAAUACGUGGCGAGAUAAGGAUAACGAAAUUGUUGGCUUGUUACAAUAUCAACUUGCAGAAGCUACCAAUCUUAACGAUCAUUUUAUAUCAGCUAGACUUCAUGAAACAAUUAGGUGCAUGAAAAUGUUUGAUACACACAGUUGUCAAAAAUUAAUUGGUGCAUUAAAAGAAGACUAUAAAUCCAGAGCACCCUAUAUUACAUAUCUUGUGAAAUGUAGAAAAACAUUAUUAACUAGUAUAGCCCAGUUAAACAGACUGUUGGAACAAAUCAAAUGUGAUCGUGAAGUAUGCCAUCAAUUUUUAAUUACAAAAUGUGUGCAGAUAUUUUUAGAACAAAAAAAUCAAUUGGUUUUGGAGUUUAUUGAUGAAUUUGAACAAAGCAAGUUAGCCGAUGAGAAAAAUCAACAUCUAAAUAGAUUUUUGUCGACACUUGAAAUUGAAAUGAAACGCAACAAUAUUUGGAAAAAUGCUAGUUUUGAUCAAAUUGAUGAUGCAAAAUUGACUAUUGAACGAGCGAUUAUUAGUAGAGUGUACACAUUAGCAAUGUACCCUAAUGGUGAUGCAGACUUUUGUAGGGAUCAAGUUUUACGAGAACAUAUGUCUAAUUUGUCCAAGAAUUUAGUACCUACCCACAAUGAUCUACGUAUACCUAAAAAAUUUCAUUUUGAAUGUCCUUGGCCUUCUGCUCAAGCUGAGAUUUCAGCAAUUUCAGCGUAUAAGACACCAAAAGACAAACUGCAAUGUGUAUUUCGAUGCACUACUACUCUUUUAAAUCUGAUGUCAAUGGCCGGUGAACAUGGAAAUAUGCAUCCAGCUGCUGAUGAUAUAGUUCCAGUGCUCGUUUACGUUCUAAUAAAAGCGAAUCCCCCUUCGUUGCUAUCAACUGUUCAGUAUAUAAAUAGUUUUUAUGGGGAUCGUUUGGAAGGCGAAGAACAUUAUUGGUGGAUACAGUUUUGUGCUGCGAUAGAAUUUAUUAAAACUAUGAACUAAAAUUAUACUGAGGUUUACGUGUGUGGUUAUAUAAUAUGUAUUAUAUAAAUACACAUUUUAUAUAUUUUAUGUGUAUUUUUAUUAUUUUUUUAUCUGUUGUCUAUAGUUAGUUAAAAUCUUGGUAUUUUAUUAAAUAUCCAGUUAUAUAUAUAAAAAAAAAAUACCAAUAUCUCAUAUUUAAUUUCUCAUUUUAUUCUAAUUAUAUUCUCAUAACUAUUUUUUGUAUUAAUUUAUCUGAUUACUACUCUAGUUUACUUCAAUGUCUGAAUUAUAUAUAUAUAUAAAUAUAUUUGUAGUUUACAAAAUAUUAUGUUUUAUAGUCAAUACUUAUUAUUUUUUAUGUAUGUAAUUUGUCUCCCUAUCUGUUAUUAUAUUUAAUUUUAUAAAUUAUAAUGUUUGUUUAAUUUUACUGAAAUUAUUAUUGUAUACAAAUUUUAUUUAAUAUUAUAAUAUCAAUUUUAAAAAAUAAAAUAGGUAUAUUAUAUUUUAAAACACUUUAAAUAAAUAUUAUUGCUAUAAAACAAAAAGAAAAUAUUAUUAAUUCAAUUAUACUAUUAAAUAUAUUAUAUAAAUAAUACUA